AUGAUCCCCGUGCAGCGCGUGCAGGCUCAGGCGCAGGUGUGGCCCGGUGAGCCCCCGCCGCUACUGUGGAUGCUUCCGGGUCUCUGCCCUCUCGCCUCCGCCGCCCCGCCUCCUCCGAUCCUCGUGGCCUCUCGCGCGCCCCCGCUGCUGCGCGCCGUCUCGCGCUGGCAGCUGUCCUCCAACUCCUGCGAGCCCUUCCUGCCGCUGGUGCGCGCGGCCGAGCCAGUGGUCACACCAUUCCCGCUGGCCAGCGUUCAGUGGGAGCUUCCUUCCAGGCCUCCGAUGCUGAGUUUUCAGCCCUCUGCAGGAGUGGAUCUGGUCCCAGUGUUUCCGCCCUUGUACCGCACCCUGCUGCCCCCACACUACGGCAAAGCCUGGGUGGAGAAACGUGUGCCGGACUACAAGGUUUAUCUUAAUAACAGUCUGGCUCUGGAGACCACCUGGAUCAGCCCGGAGGAAGUGGGCAUUUUCCAGCGGCAGGAAAAGCCAAUGCUGAUGACGAAUCAAGUGGCAAUGAGCAUAUCCAGGCCGACUGCCGCCUCCAGGAAUUUCCACACUCUUCUUUUGACGCCCAGGCGUGUUUCAGGUUGUCCUGUGGCUAUAAAACGAGUGCGGAGCAACAAACGGAUGGCCCUGGCAGCAGCGGCCUUGAUGGCCAUGGAGUCAGAUGUGACGCAGGGGCCGUCUGCGUCUUCAGCUCAUCCACUGCAUCUGCUCUCUCUCUCGCCCAUCAAAAUCCCCAUUCUCACAUCACCUAGCCGAGGGUCUCGGCGCGCCUGGGAGAGCCUGUUGAGUCCCGUCCUGCCAGCACAGAUCGCCACAGUAACGUCCCUGUCUGCCCCAGGUGUGACCGUCGUUACCGGAGACUGGAAAGAUCAAACAGCACCAGAAAAGAAGCUGGAAGUGAAGAAGCCGUCCUGCGCGGGAGCUUUGGUGUUACACUCUGAUUCCACCCCGGAGGACAAAGUGGAGGAUGAGCAGUUUAAGGUCAGCAUGGAUAUUGACAGCUCAUCUAAAGACAACCGGCCAGUCGCAUCGACGCCUGUACCCGGAUCACCAUGGUGUGUGGUUUGGACGGGAGAUGACAGAGUGUUCUUCUUCAACCCCACCAUGCAGCUGUCUGUGUGGGAGAAACCAGUGGACCUCAAAGAUCGGGGAGACCUCAACAAAAUCAUAGAGGAUCCUCCACAUAAACGCAAGAAAGACUCACUGGAGGAUGGCUCAAACUCUGUAUCAGCUGAUGAUGAGGAUGAUGAAGACGAUGAUGAGGAAGACCAUAUUUCAAAAUCCAAACGCAACAAACUGGAGGAGCCAACAGAUUGUGUUGCCACAAGUGAAGAGAACUGUGGAGAAAGGUGCAGAACAUCUAAUCAGAUGGUUCUACCAUUGGAGCUACGGAUCACACACUUCAGAGAAAUGCUCCUGGAGAGAGGGGUGUCCGCAUUCUCUACGUGGGAGAAGGAAUUACACAAAAUCGUGUUUGAUCCGCGUUACCUUCUCCUGGGUCCAGAGGAGCGUAAACAGAUUUUUGAUCAGUUUGUCAAAGCCAGGAUAAAAGAAGAGUACAAGGAGAGAAAAAGCAAAUUGCAGCAUGCCAAGGAGGAGUUCAGAAAACUGCUGGAAGAGUCGAAAAUCACAUCCAGGUCAAAUUUUAAGGAGUUCUCGGAGAAGUACGGCAGAGACCCACGCUUCAAACAGGUUCUGAAGCAGAAGGACCAGGAGCUCCUUUUCUCACAGUUUGUCAGCGGGCUGAAAAAGCGUGAUAAAGAAAAUCGCAUGAGGCUGAGGAAGAUGAGAUGAAGACUUGCCAGGCUAUGAAUAAACUUUUUUUUUUUUUGAUGGAAUACUGUGACAGGAUCACCUUACAGUAUGUCCUCUACUCAAACUGCACAAUGACACAAUCUGCUCAUUGCAUCUGAUUGAGCAACCCAUUGCACCACCCGCAGAUUAUGGUUCUCUGGAUUUUCAGAAAAAGAAAUAAACUAACAAAUGAAUCAGAGCCCAUCUGGUUUGACUUUGGAGGUUCAACUCUUGAGACGGAACCUGUUUCAUAUUGAAGCUCUUACAAUUCAGUGUUGCAAGAUGUCACAAUAAUGAAAAU